AAAACAAUCUGGAAAUUAGCACUCUCUAAUUUGAAUCUAGCACACUUUGGAAAACAACAGAAAGUGGUUGGCGUCCCAGCUAAACAAGUGGAAGGUUUCGUGCAAGUUUUGGUGGAAUUUCGCCCGAUUUCAAGAUGGCUUUGUCUAAAACUAUUGCAAGUCGGCUUUUGAGACAGUUCUCGAAAACUCUAAGUGUGAAGAAUCGAAACAUCAGCUGGCGCAUACAUGAUGAUGAUCUCACUUGCAGAGCUUUAUCAACGAUCCAAACAAAGGCCAAGCCCCAAACCAGCAACUACACUCUAGUCUCCAAAGAUGAGAGUCGCGAAUUCAUGGCGGUGUUCCCGGACAUCGUCCGGGACCUGACCGAUGCCGGAAGGCAGACAGAUAUUCCGGAAGUCACCAAACGAUACGCCAAAGCGCUGCAUUACAAUGUGCCCAAUGGAAAGAAAAACAGGGGCCUUGCGGUCAUUGCGGCCUACAAGAUGCUCGAAAAGGAGGAGAAUCUCACCCCUGAGAACAUCAGACUCGCCAACAUCAUGGGCUGGUGCGUCGAGUUGUUGCAAGGCUUCUUUUUGGUCACGGAUGACAUCAUUGACCGGUCGGAAAUGCGACGUGGAAUGCCCUGUUGGUACAAGAAGGACGACACCGGUUUAAAUGCCUUCAACGAUGCCAUUCUUCUCGAACACGGCAUUUAUACCUUGCUGAAAAGGCAUUUCUCGCAACACCAUUGCUACGUUCCCACCAUGGAGCUCUUCCAUGAUGUCACGCUCAAAACUUCAAUGGGACAAGCUCUAGAUUGUUUGUGUAAUAAAGACGGAAAACCGAAUUUGGAACUCUUCACUAUGAAUAAAUACAACUCGAUUGUUAAAUACAAGACUGCUUAUUACACGUUCCAACUACCGGUGGCUCUAGCCAUGUAUAUGGCGAAUUUGUACGACCCAGAAAUGCACCGACAGGCCAAAACCAUCUUGAUGGAAAUGGGGCUUUUCUUCCAAAUUCAGGACGAUUUCCUGGACUGCUUCGGCGACCCUGAGGUGACGGGCAAGAAGGGCAACGACAUCCGCGAGGGCAAGUGCUCCUGGCUGGCUGUGGUGGCCCUCCAAAGGGCCAACCCCACCCAGCGAAAAAUAAUGGAGGAGUAUUACGGCCGUCCCGACCCUGAAGCAGUCCGAAUCAUCCGAAACCUGUACGAAGAGUUGAGUUUGCCAAACACUUAUGCCAUCUAUGAGGAGGAGAGCUUCAACAUCAUCCGUACACACAUCCAGCAAAUUUCCAAAGGACUUCCACACAAGUUGUUUUUCAAAAUUAUGGAGAAAAUUUACCGGAGGGACUGUUAGUAGUGUGUGUGUGAAUCAGUAUUUUGAUUAUUUGCAAGAUAAUUGAGUUAAUUUUAAGGUUUAUUUUAUUGGAAUUUAUUGCUUUUGAUAUUUUUUUAUUUAGCUGUGCUGAAUAAGUGUUUGAUUCAGUUGUAAUUAAGCUUUAAUUCUAUUGGGUAUUUGGAGUUAUCUUGUGAAUUUUCGAGUCUUUUUCUGUGUGAUAUCGUGCAGGCUGGGUUAGUCGAUUAGUCGUAGGCCAGUCGGCAUUAAGUUAGUCGUAUUUGUAAGCUGCACAAGUUUGAAAUAUUGUCGAAUAUUAACACACUUGUGUUUUUCCUUUUUUCCUGGUAAGUUUUGUUACCAACCAGAAAAGUCAUUCGAUUUUUAUAAGGUGCAUGUCUUUAAUCAUUGUUACGAAGUAAUAAUAAUAAAUAUACGUUUAUAAUAG